GUCGUGUUUACCUAAUUGUUAGAAUAAACGUGUGCCUGUGCACUGCAAGACUGACUUGUGAGUUAUCAACGAAGCAUACGUCUCUGUCUGUAUUUUGACCGGCCUUCAUUCAUUAUGAAGUAUUUGUUAGUUGCUUAGAGGAAGCCACUCUGCAGUUUGUCUGCGAUGAGGUUAAAAACCUCUUUGCUGAAGGAGCCCAAGCACAGGGAGCUGGUCAGCUGUGUGGGCUGGACCACAGCAGAUGAGCUGUAUUCCUGCAGCGAAGAUCACCAGAUCUUUAGGUGGAACCUGCUGAACGGCGAGACCUCCUUGGUGGUGAGGCUACCUGAGGAGAUCUUCCCCAUUGAUCUCCACUGGUUGCCCAAAGCUGUCGGGGGGAAGAAGCAGACUCUUGCUGAAGUGUUUGUGCUCACCUGCACAGAUGGUAAGUUCCACCUGGCCUCUAAAGCGGGACGCAUCGAAAAGAGUGUUGAAGCCCACCAUGGGGCUGUCCUGGCUGGCCGCUGGAACUACGAUGGAACAGCCCUCAUCACGACUGGUGAGGAUGGACAGAUAAAAAUUUGGUCGAAGAGCGGCAUGCUGAGGUCCACUUUGGUACAACAAGGGUCACCUGUGUAUUGCGUGGCCUGGGGACCUGACUCCGACCGGAUCCUCUACACGUCAGGCAGGCGGCUCAUCAUCAAACCCCUGCAGCCCAGUUCCAAAGUCCUCCAGUGGAAAGCUCACGACGGAGUAAUUCUGAAGGUUGACUGGAACGCCGUCAAUGACCUCAUACUUUCAGGUGGCGAGGACUGCAAAUACAAGGUGUGGGACAGCUAUGGGCAGCCUCUGUACUCUUCGGCCGUGCAUGACUACCCCAUCACCUCUGUGGCCUGGGCGCCAGACGGGGAGGUGUUUGCUGUGGGCUCCUUCAACACGCUGCGCCUCUGCGACAAGACAGGGUGGUCCCACGCCCUGGAGAAGUCCAGCACAGGCAGCCUGUUCAGCCUGGCCUGGUCAGCGGACGGGACGCAGCUGGCAGGAGCCUCGGGCAGUGGCCACGUCAUCUUUGCCCACGUGGUGGAGAGGCGCUGGUCAUGGAGGAGCUACGAGGUCACGCUGACCAAGCGCAGGACGAUGCAGGUGCGGAAUGUUGUCAACGAUGCCAUGGACAUCCUGGAAUUCCGGGACAGAGUCAUCAAGGCCUCAUUGUCACAUGAACAUUUGGUGGUGACCACUUCACUGCAGUGCUACAUCUACAGUGUGACGAACUGGAACACGCCUCUGAUUUUCGAUCUGAAGGAUGGCGCCGUGAGCCUAAUUCUGCAGGCGGAGAGACACUUCCUGUUAGUGGACGGCGGGGGCAUCUACGUGUUCUCCUACGAUGGCCGGCUCACAUCUUCCCCCAAGAUAGUGGGCAUGCGCACGGACAUCUUGAGUGCACAAGCCGUCUCCCUCAGCAAUGACACUGUCGCUGUCCGGGACAAAGUAGAUGAGAAAGUCGUUUUCCUGUUCGAUGCCCUGACAGGGAAGCCCCUGGGGGAUGGGAAGCCUCUGACUCACAAGACGGAGGUGAUGGCAAUCGCCCUGGAUCAGUGUGGACCAGCUACCGACAGGAAGAUCGCUCUGAUCGACAAAAACAAGGACCUCUACCUGACCUCUGUCCGGCGUCGUGAACAGGCCAUCUGCAAGAUCGGCACCAUGGUCCACACUAUGGCCUGGAAUGACUCGGCCAGCCUGCUGUGUGGAAUCCAGGACACCCAGUUCACGGUGUGGUAUUACCCCCACGCCGUCUUCAUAGACCGGGACCUGCUGCCCAAAACACUCUUCACAAAGGACGCCAGUGAGUUCAGCCGGAGCCCCCAGAUUCUGAGCUACGUGGGCAGCCAGGUGACCAUCCGGCGUGGCGACGGCUCCCUGGUCUACAGCAGUGUUUCGCCGUAUCCGGCCCUCCUGCACCAGUAUGCAGGCCACGCGCACUGGGACGACGCCCUCCGUCUCUGCCGCUUCGCCAAGGACCAAACCCUCUGGGCGAGCUUGGCUGCCAUGGCGAUAGCCAACAAGGAGCUGAACACGGCAGAGGUGGCCUACGCAGCCGUCGGAGAGGUGGACAAGGUCCAGUACAUCAACUCGAUAAAAGAGCUUCCUUCAAAGGAGUCCUCUCUGGCACACAUUCUGCUAUUCAGUGGUUAUGUACAGGAGGCAGAGUCUCUGCUCCUGCAGGCCGGCCUCAUUUACCAGGCCAUCCAGGUGAACAUCAGUCUCUAUAACUGGGACAGGGCACUGGAGCUGGCAGUGAAGCACAAGACGCACGUGGACACCGUGCUUGCAUACCGACAGAGGUACCUGCAGGACUUCAGCAAGAAGGAGACCAACAUGAGGUUCCUGCAGUAUGCUGAGGGGGUGGAGGUGGACUGGGAGAAGAUCCAGGCUAAGAUCGAGAUGGAGCUGGCCAGCGAGCGGGAGCGAGCAGCCAGUGCCUCGCUACGGACCAGUGCGGCAUUCCCCCAGUAAACCCUGCCCCAGUCGCUUGUGUACCAGCCUGCAGUUACCCUCCGCAGACUCAUGUCUUGGAAAAGGAAACUCCUAGAUUAGUGUGCCUGGUGUUUUUCCAAAACAUUCAACCUGGCAGAAGGAACACAUUUGCUGUGGCAUUUUUUUAAAUACUACAAGGCAACAAAUGAGACAUGCUUAUGACACACAUGCUCAGUUUGAUCAGGUACAUAAUAAAGCAGCUUGUGAGAAGUAGGAAAUGAGAAGUGCCUUCCCACAAUGCACUGGACAGCACAUGCCUGAGAACAAGGUUUUGAUAUGAAGUGCGGAUCUUCAAGCACUUCCCCCUCCAUGCUAAUUACUGUCUGCAAGACAUUGGGCUACACGUUAGUUUUAAAUAUCCAUACAAAUCAUGUUGGUUUAGCUGUUCAAUUUGUGCUUCUUUAUAUAAAUAUUCUAUAAAUAUUCUUAAAUACAGCAAUAUGAAUUCUUGUGCUAAAACAUAAACCUUUUGUUAUCCUUAAUAAAUAUGUUUUCUGUAAAAAGUU